AUGGAAUGUGCAGAGCAGAUAAAGUUUCUAGGUUUAUACGGCAUGAAUAUUGAAGACAGCAGUACUCUGUCUCUACCUACAUUUGAUAUUGAGAUCUACACGGAGAUCGCAGUGGGAUCCGGACCCGAGCAAUUAAACACUGCUCCAUAUCACCGAUGGCUAAAACAAACAGAAACACAUUUCAAACACCUCCUUGCUCACUUCACAACAUCACACCCUCACGAAAAUAAAAAGCUUGUCGCAACGCAACAACAGCUAUCAAUGAUCAAUUCAUCCGGUUGUCCGUGUGUGGCUGUGGCUUGGUAG